UGUCGCCGCCCUCUCCUCGCCAUGCGGACUUCGGUCAAGCUGAAAACUGCCGCAUUUUGACCUGUUUACGAGAAAGGAAAUUGAAAACAAGAAAGGCGAAGGGAAACAAAGAGAAGCAUUCGAGGAAGUCAGACAAGAAUAGAGGUUUUUUCGUUUUUGUUUGCAUUUCUAUUCGGAACCCACUUUUUUUCCUUUCCUCCUUUCUCUCUAUCUGCGUUGGGAGGUUGAGAGGAGAAGGGGGAGAUUGGUUGUUCUUCUUCAGGAUUUGGGAAAGAAACAGAAAGUUAGUUGCUUUGCCUUGGGAUUUGGUGGAAAAAGGUCGGAGUUUGGAAAAAUAGGAAGAUGAAUGUGAUGCGGAGGCUUAAAAGCUUCACAUUCGGUCGCAGCAAUACAGAUAUUGAAGGCAACUUUGGCGAGGUGCAAUAUGAAAUGAAUGAGCUUUAUAGUUGUUCGACUUUUCGCUCUUAUUUUAAGGUGGUGAUUCUAGCACCAAGAAAGUGAAGAGCAACAAGAAAGUGACAAAUAAGUGUUCUGAAGUUAAAGAGAAAGCAAUGGCUAUGAAUGGAAAUGCAAGUUCAAAACAUUUGAAGGCUAAUACAAGCUCCUCCAAUUCUAGUGCCAUGAAUGGAAAUGCAAAGGAGGAUGCCAAUCUGCUUCCAAAGAAAUUGCAGGGCAUGAAAAUUAGAGAUGAUGAACUAGGUGAUGAUAAGGAAGUGGAAUGUAGAACCUUAAAAGGGAAUGGAAUUGAGGCUGGUCAGAUAAUUACAACAACAAUUGAUGAUCAGGAUGGUCAGCCAAAACAGGCUAUCUCUUACAUGGCUGAACGUGUGGUUGGUACUGGUUCAUUUGGUGUUGUGUUUAAAGCCAAGUGUCUAGAAACGUCCAAAACCGUUGCCAUUAAGAAGGUGCUGCAAGAUAAGAGAUAUAGGAAUAGGGAGCUACAGAUAAUGCAGUUGCUUGCCCAUCCAAAUGUUGUUCAGCUUUAUCACCAUUUCUUUUCAACAACUGAAAAGGAUGAACUAUACUUGAAUCUUGUUUUAGAAUACGUCUCGGAGACUAUUUGUCGCUUGUCAAAGCAUUAUUUUCGGAUUAACCAACACAUGCCUUUGAUCUACAUUCGACUUUAUUCAUACCAGAUAUGUCGUGCUCUUGCUUAUGUUCAUGAUGUGGUUGGAGUAUGUCAUCGCGACAUUAAGCCCCAAAAUCUGUUGGUCAAUCCCCACACUCAUCAGCUAAAGCUCUGUGAUUUUGGUAGUGCCAAAAAAUUGGUACAAGGUGAACCUAAUAUUUCUUAUAUUUGCUCGCGGUACUAUAGGGCUCCUGAACUAAUAUUUGGAGCAACAGAAUACACCACUGCAAUUGACCUGUGGUCCGUUGGCUGUGUGUUGGCCGAGCUUCUCUUAGGACAGCCUUUGUUUCCCGGGGACAGCGCUGUUGAUCAGCUGGUGGAGAUUGUUAAGGUUUUAGGAACACCAACAACGGAAGAAAUUAAAUGCAUGAAUCCAAACUACACAGAGUUCAGAUUUCCUCAAAUCAAACGACACUCAUGGAGCAAGGUUUUCAAUAAAAGGAUGCCUCCUGAUGCGGUAGAUUUUAUAUCAAAGCUGCUUCAAUACUCGCCAAAGUUGAGAUUAACAGCUUUAGAGGCCUGUGCUCAGCCCUUUUUUGAUGAACUGAGAGACCCAAACACUUCUCUACCGGAUGGCCGGCCGCUACCGCCUUUGUUCAAUUUCACCGACCAAGAGCUUGCUGGUGCUUCUCCAGAACUGGUUCAGCGCUUAAUUCCAGCAGAUACAAAGAAGUAGAAAAUAUGAGUAGAAUUCAUUUGACUUGGCUUCAGCUGCUAUUAGCUCUACCUUUUCCUCUUAAUCUUACUGCAAAUAGAUCUACAGAUCAAUUUAAGAACCAAUUCUUUGAUAUUCAUUUGGUAUGAAUGGUGUGUUUCUCUUGAUCAUUUUUUCCUUAACAAAGAGUUCAAAUCAGCUGUAACGAUUACUCCAAACUCUUCCUUAGAAGCUAAGAAAUUUGUAGUAGUUUGCUCCCAAUUCAUUAAUGGCCAAGAAUGUCUUUUAUGUAUA